GCGCCAAUGAUUGGUAAUGCUUUGGGUAGUAUUUCUGUAGUAUCUUAGAAGUGGGGAGAACUUGUGAACUUAUAUAAAACAAUUACUUAUCGUAUGGUGAGACUUUGUGUUGUGAAUUGUUGUGUUCGUUCGUGAUUCGAUCUUUUAGGUUACACCAAUUUUCCUGAACUGAAAUUCUUUUUAUUCUUGAAAAAACUGAAAGAUCAAGCAUGUCUGCAUCACCGAUUGCUAGGCAAGCUACCCAGAGCCAAAACAUACCUUCCAAACGAGUCGUUAUUAACGAUCCCAGUCAGUUACCUAUUGAUUAUUCAUCUACCCCCGGUGGAACGCUUUUUUCAACUACGCCCGGAGGUACACGUAUUGUUUAUGAACGUGAUUUCUUGAUGAAUUUACGAAAUUCUCCCAUAUCACGAACACCACCACGAAAUAUGCCAUCCAUACCCGGAGAGUUAUUAAAAAAUACAUCAAAUCUCUCAACAUCAACGAAAAAUCAAAUUAACAAAGAUACUCCAGUAAUUGAAGAAUCUGCAGAACAAUUUGAGAUGGACAUGUAAGAAACUGUAAUUACAAUAUAUUCAUGUUGUGCCAGCCACUUUAAUGAAUAGUAAGAAUCAAUAUAUAACAGAAAAAUAUAUUAGCAAUUUUUAUAUAACUAUGUGCCAUUAGGGGCCUUAAAUAGUAAUAAGUGUUUAUAACAUCUAAAAAUGUUAAAUGUAAUUGAUAUAGUUACACUGAUUCAUUGCAUUAUCAUCUUAUAUGCUAAUAAAGGUGACAAAAAAUUUUUAUCAGUACAUUCAUGUUUGCACUAUUGGAUGUAUUACUUUAUAAUUUCACAUAUAUUUGUACUACAUGAAUAAAUGAUAUUUUGAUAAUAAAA